UCUUCCCCUCCACUAGAAAGGCGCAAAUAGACAUAGGGUUUGUUUAAUUUCCAACCAAUUACAGAAUAGUCUUUUCCCUGAAGAAUAAGUGGCUUAAAGGGAAAAAGUCCACAGAAACAAAAGAAGUUCAUCCUGUGCCACUCCACUGGACUUGACACCCUUUUUCAGAAACCAGUCUCAGCUUGAACCGCUGGGAGUAGACACCUCUGCAAGGGACUGAUGGUGGAUCAACGACCACAUUUUGUUUAUUACCUGACAUAAAAAGAGAACUACAGUUGUGUUUCCAGAUAAUGUUCUCAGAUUUUCCUGACAGUGAAAUGAGUAUGAAAGAGAUUAGUCUGUAUCAGCAAACCAAAGCCCUUCUACACAAGAAUUUUCUUCAGAAAUGGAGAAUGAAAAGAGAGAGCCUGUUGGAGUGGAGCCUCCCAAUACUUAUAGGACUGUAUAUGGGCCUGAUAUCAGACAUCAGUGAAAACAUAAGGCUUCCUGAACUGCCUCCUCAGGAUCUGGGAAGGGUAGAUAAAUUUAAUAGCUCCUCUGCAAUGAUUGUAUAUACACCAAUCUCCAACACAACCCAACAGAUAAUGAAUAAAACAGUAUUCGCCUCCUUUAUGCAAGACGCAACGAUCAUUGGGGCACCAAAUAAAACGCACAUGGAUAAACUACUUCUGGAGAACUUCCCACACGCCAUGGGGGUCAUAUUUCAGGACACUUUCUCUUACAAACUAAAACUGAUCCUGGGAUAUGGAAUUCCAUUAUUUAAAGAAGAAAGUUUACCAGCUCAUUGCUGGAAUCUAUACAGUGGCUUUUCCUGCCCAUUGUCCACCUACUGGACUAGAGGAUUUGUGGCCCUACAGUCUGUCCUUAACGCGGCCAUUGUAGAAAUCACAACAAAUCACUCUGUGAUGGAGGAGUUGACAUCAGUUACUGCCAUAAAUAUGAAGACAUUACCUUUUAUUUCUAAAGACCUUCUUCAAAAUGAAAUUUUUAUUUUACUCUGCUUGCUUUAUUUCUCCCCUGUUAUAUAUUUUGUAUCACUAAAUGUUACAAAAGAGAGAAAACAGCGUAAAGAUUUGAUGACAAUGAUGGGUCUACAAAAUUCAGCAUUUUGGCUGUCCUGGGGCUUACUCUAUGCUGGCGUCAUCUUUAUUACUUCCAUAGUCAUCACAAUUGUUAUAACAUCUUCUCAGAUUAUAGUCCUGACUGGUUUCAUGGUCAUAUUUACUCUCUUUUUCUUAUAUGGUUUAUCCCUGAUCGCUUUAACAUUCCUGAUGAGUGUCCUGUUGCAGAAAGCUGCCCUCACCAAUCUGAUCAUGCUCCUGCUGUCCCUCUUGUGGGGCUGUGUGGGGCUCACCGUGCUUUACAGGCAGCUUCCUUCAUCUCUGCAGUGGAUCCUGAGUAUCUUCAGUCCCUUUGCCUUUUCCGCUGGGAUGGCUCAGAUUAUCCACCUGGACUACAACUUGAAUGGAGUAGUCUUUCCUGAUCCAUCAGGAGAUUCAUAUGUAAUGAUAGCCACAUAUUCCAUAUUGGCUUUUGAUGGUCUUAUCUACUUGAUAUUGGCAUUAUAUUUUGAUAAAAUCUUACCCCAUGGGGAUGAGCACCGUUCCUCGCCACUGUUUUUCCUCAACUCACCGUCUUGUUUUCAACACGGGAAGACCAAUAAUAGGGCCACUGAGAAAGACAUAGACCUUGAGCUUCCCACUGAUGAUUUUGAACCCAUAGCUUCUGAAUUCCAAGGAAAAGAAGCCAUCAGAAUCAGAAAUGUUAAAAAAGAAUAUAAAGGAAAGUCUGGCAAAGUGGAAGCACUGAAAGGAUUGUUCUUUGACAUAUAUGAAAGUCAAAUCACAGCAAUUCUUGGUCACAGUGGAGCCGGCAAAUCUUCAUUAUUAAACAUCCUUAAUGGAUUAUCUGUUCCAACAGAAGGAUCAGUAACCAUCUAUAAUAAAAAUCUCUCUGAAAUGCAAGACCUGAAGGAAAUCAGAAAGAUAACUGGUGUUUGUCCUCAACAUAAUGUUCAGUUUGAUGCCCUCACUGUGAAGGAGAACCUCCACCUGUUUGCCACAGUGAAAGGGAUUCAUCCAGGAGAGGUGGCACGAGAGGUACAAAAAAUUUUAUUGGAAAUGGACAUGCAACCUAUUCAGGAUAACCUUGCUGAAAGUUUAAGUGAAGGGCAGAAAAGAAAGCUGACCUUUGGGAUUGCCAUGCUAGGAGAGCCUCGAAUUUUACUCUUAGAUGAACCUACAGUUGGGCUUGAUCCCUUCUCGAGGCAGCGAGUGUGGAGUUUUCUGAAUGAACGCAGAGCAAAUCGUGUGAUCCUCUUGAGUACCCAGUUUGUGGAUGAGGCUGACAUCCUAGCUGAUAGAAAAAUGAUCAUGUCCAGUGGAAGUCUGAAGUAUGCAGGCUCUUCUGUCUUUUUGAAGAGAAAAUGGGGUCUUGGCUAUCACUUAAGUUUAUAUAGGAAUGAAGCAUGUGAUCCAGAGCAAAUAACAUCAUCCAUUACUCACCACAUCCCUGAUGCAAAAUUAAAAAUAAAAAACAAAGAAAAGCUUGUGUAUACGUUGCCAUUGGAAAGGACAAAUAAAUUUCCAGACCUCUUCAGUGAUCUGGAGAAAUAUACUGGUAAGGAUAUGAUGGGCUAUGAUGUCUCCAUGUCAACCCUGAAUGAAGUGUUCAUGAACCUGGAAGGAGAAUCUACUACCAAACCAGUAUAUGUUCAUGUAGGCUUCAAAUGCACAGAAAUGGUAAGAGACUCAGAAAGCCUAAGUGAAGUAGAGUCAACUUACUCUUCUCUUCCGGACGUGCACAAGGCUCUGAGCAGCAUGUGUCUGUGGAGAAUGCAGGUCUGCGCAAUGGCACGGCUCCGUCUCUUAAAGUUAAAACGUGGGAGAAAAUCACUCUUGACCUUGCUAUUGAUAUUUGGAAUUGGAUUGUUCCCAUUGAUUAUGGAAAAGCAAGCUCAUUCUAUGGUGGAUGAGGGUGCUGACUGGGAAUUUAAAACAGAGUUAUAUUUCUUGUCUCCUGGACAACUUCCUCAGGAUCUUCGUACCAGCCUAUUAAUCAUCAAUAACACAGAAUCAAAUAUUGAAGAUUUUAUACAAUCACUGAAGCAUCAAAAUAUACUUUUGGAAGUAGAUGACUUUGAAAACAGAAAUGGCACUGAAGGCCUGUCAUACAAUGGAGCUAUCAUAGUUUCUGGUAAACAGAAGGAUUACAGAUUUUCAGUCGUGUGUAACACCAAGAGGGUGCACUGUUUCCCCGUCCUUAUGAACGUCAUCAGCAAUGGGCUCCUCCGUAUGUUUAAUCAAACGCAGCGUAUUCGCAUCGAGAGAAGUAGCUUUUCUUUUAAACAUAAGAUCUGGGUUGGGCUUCCAGAUGGUUCCAUUUUCUUACUGUUUGUCGUGUGCAGCAUUUCUCCUUACAUCGCCAUGAGCAGCGCCAGUGACUACAAAAGGAAAGCGGAUUCCCAGCUAUGGGUGUCUGGCCUCUACCCUUCUGCUUACUGGUGUGGACAGGCAAUCGUGGACAUCAGCCUCUUCAAUUUAAUUUUCAGUUUAAUGUAUUUGAUCUUCUAUAUAACAAAAAUAAUAGAAAUGAGUACUGUACCUCAAAUUAUAUUACCUAUGGCUAUUUUUUCAUUUGGUUAUGCAGCUUCUCUUAUCUUCCUGGCAUAUUUGAUAUCAUUCAUUUUUUGCAAGAGGAGAAAAAAUAAUGGCCUAUGGUCAUUAUGCUACUAUAUCGUCUUGACUUUUAUGUUUGAUAUUGUUCAGUUGAAUUUCUUCAGCCUAGCUACGAUAUCCAGCAUGACACUCAUUCCUUUGAUUUCACUGGGUGCAUAUCUAGUCUUCUUUGCAGUGAAAGCCCACGAGAACUACCAAGAAUUUCAAGACCCAAAUUAUGACAUAAGUGGAGUUGAUUAUCUAAUGUGCCUAAUACCUUACUUUCACACUUUGCUGUGCAUUUUUGCUCUAAGAUGCAUGGAGCUAAAGUAUGGGAAGAAAGUAAUGCGAAAGGAUCCUGUUUUCAGAAUUUCACCCCGAAGUCCUGAUGUGCAGCCAAGUCCAGAAUACCCUACAGAUGAGGACGAAGACGUCCAGGCAGAAAGGGCGAGAGCAUCAGCUGCCCUCAGCACCUCAAGUUCAGAUGAGAAACCAGGUAUCAUUGCCAGCUGUCUAUACAAGGAGUACACAGGUCAUUGGAAAAGUUGCUUUUCAAAGAGAAAGAAGACAGUAGCAACAAGAAAUAUCUCUUUCUGUGUUAAAAAAGGUGAAGUUUUGGGAUUGCUGGGGCCCAACGGUGCUGGUAAAAGUUCCUGUAUUAAGAUGAUAGCUGGAAUCACAAAGCCAACGUCUGGAGAGGUGGAGCUGAGCGCAGGCAGCCCGGCCGGGGCGCGCCAGCGGGACGCGCUCAGGUGCGGAUACUGCCCCCAGCAGAACGCGCUGUGGCCCUCGCUGACCCCCAAGGAGCACCUGCAGGUGUACGCGGCCGUGAAGGGGCUGAGGAAGGAGGACGCCGCCGCCGUCAUCCACCGAUUGGUGGGCGGUUUCAAGCUCCAGGAGCAGCUGGACGUCCCCGUGCGCAACCUAGCCGCAGGAGCCACCAGGAAGCUGGGCUUUGCGCUGGGCGUCCUGGGAAACGCACCUGUCCUGCUUCUGGACGAGCCAUCCACGGGCGCGGACCCCGCGGGCCGGCGGCGCAUGUGGCAGGUCAUCCAGGCAGCUGUUAAAAACACUGAGAGGAGUGUCCUCUUGAUCACCAACGACCUGGCUGAGGCUGAGGCUGUGUGUGACCGUGUGGCCGUCAUGGUGUCUGGAAGGCUGAGGUGCAUUGGUUCCAUCCAACACCUGAAAAAGAAAUUUGGCAAGGAUUACAUUCUCGAACUAAAAGUGAAGGAACCGUCCAGUGAACCUUUAGUCCACACAGAGGUGCUCAAACUAUUCCCACAGGCCGCACGGCAGGAAAGGUGUUUUGCCUCGUUGACCUACAAACUACCCAUAGCAGAUGUUUACCCUCUGUCUGAGGCCUUUCACAAACUAGAAGCAGUGAAACAUAACUUUAACCUGGAGGAAUAUAGCCUCUCUCAAUGCACACUGGAAAAGGUAAUAUUGGAGCUUUCUAAGGAGCAAGAACUGGGAAAUGAUGAUGAAGACAUUGACACAACCAUGAGGUGGAGACUCCUCCCUCAUUCUGAUGAACCUUAAAGCCUCAGACCUAACCAUGCUUUGUGGAUGACCUAUAAAUUUAUGUUUUAUGUAAUAAUUAGCAUAGCUUGUUGUGUAAAAGACAAUGACCAAUGUGCAGAAAAACAUCUAUUCUCUUCAUUGAUGACUGGCUUCCAGUUGGCUUUGACCAUCCUGUGAAAGAAUCCCAAAAAGAUUGGAGGGAGGGAAAGCGGGGUCUGAGUACUUCUCCCUCUCACCUUUGGUGAGAGGUGACAGACAGACCUGUAGUAACAGAAGACUUCAAGUCUUCCCCCAUUAGACUCAAGUAAGUGCUUCUGCAUCCCUAAAACCAUUAAGGAGCUCACUCAUUUCCAACUAUACCCCACACCUGGCCUCUAGAAAUUCAUCAAAUCACUACCUCAUUAUACAUUUCUACCAAUUUCUGACUUCUGGUAAGCUGUCUUUGUGUGAAAUUCUCUGAAUUCACUUUAUUACUAUGUGUUUCAUGGUGGGAGUUUGCCCUGAAACAUCAAUCUAUGAUGUA